AUCUCCGUGCAUCGUAUGAACAAAUCAUUUGACGCGAAAACAGGAUACUUUCUACCCGAAAAGCAACAAAACGUUUAUGCGACCGAUCAAAGCGAUAUAAAAUCUUGGAAAACUAGCAGUGUCGAAUCUAUAAAAAAAACUAAUCCGGAGGGUGUCCAUCGACGUGGACUUUCAAAGAGUGAAAAUCUAGGAGAGUCACGCAGCGUUACGAGGCAACUUUCGUUGUUGCCACGGAAGGACAGCGAUUAUUUCUGGAAGAAGACACGAAAGCAAAAACGUCCGAGAGUUUCUAUGUCACGAUCGAAAAUCACUGCUUGCGACAAAUACACCGAGAGCAUCGUGGAGUGCAAAAGAUUUUUAAAAGAGCUUAAGGAGAGUAACAAGAAGCUGGAACUCAACUGCAGUUCCUCGGCCAUCACCAAUGACUCUUCCUCGUUUCAAGAAUCUUGGACCGACGAAAAGGUAAUUUCUAUUCUAUGAAAUAAAAUAAUAAUUUAUAUGAGACGAGCAGAUAAUAAUCGUAUUAUUUCUGCUGACGUUACAUUCUGUUUGUUAAAGUCAUCUUUGCACGCUCAAACAACAGAUGCGAGGAAUGCA